AUGACCUUUAUCCGCGCUGCUGUCGCGCCCCUGCGCGCUGCACGCUGCAUUCGACAACCCCUCUCCUCUAGAGGUUUCUCCGUGUCCGCCCGACGACAAGGAGGCGGCGGCGAGCACCAAUUCGAUCCUCCCACCGGCUGGCUCUGGGGUGUCAAGCCUGGCGAGAAGCCCGAGCCCGAGGGCUGGGAGUGGCCUACCUAUAUUCUUCUCGGCAGCCUUGCCGCCACCGCCGUUGCGCUCGCCUUCAAGCCCGAUACUACUGUCUCUACCUGGGCCCUUGAGGAAGCACGAAGGAGGUUAGAGGAAGAGGGAAUCCUGCCCGACCCAUCCAAGCAGGACAAGAAGAACUAA